GAAGACGAGAAACCUAAUCUCAGGACCCAACAACACCUAGCAACAGUUGAAAAAACUUUUAAACAAAAGUCUGGGUGGGAGAUAGACAACAGCCUCCCAUUGCUGCUGAUCGGGAUUUCAGGGAGAAGACGGUGCUUUCCCCUUCUCUCUGUUUCCUGCAUGACUUCAGCUAUUGGCUGGUCCUGGGAAAGAAAGUGGGAAAAGCCUUUUAGUCUGUAUUCUUUCGGGCUGGAUAGUUUUCCAGAACUCCAGUCUCUCUGGGGCUGUGGGACAAGCCACUGGGUUCUUCAAAGGAUAAGCUACCUCCAUAAAGGACAUACCCUUGGUUAAACGAGCUGCCAUCAGGUGGGAAUGAGAUCCCGAAACCAGGGUGGUGAAAGUUCAUCCAACGGGCAUAUCUCCUGCCCCAAAUCCUCCAUCAUAAGCAAUGUUGAUGAUAAAAGUCUCUCAGAAGAUGCAAAAAAGAAGAACAAAUCCAAUAGAAAGGAGGAGGAUGUCGUGGCCUCGGGAACUGUCAAACGACACCUAAAACCAUCUGGAGAAAGUGAAAAAAAGAAUAAGAAAUCCUUGGAGUUAUCCAAAGAAGACCUCAUCCAGCUACUCAGUAUAAUGGAAGGAGAGUUGCAGGCCAGGGAAGAUGUGAUCCACAUGCUGAAGACGGAGAAAACCAAGCCCGAGGUCCUAGAGGCUCACUACGGGUCUGCGGAGCCGGAGAAAGUGCUGCGGGUCCUGCACCGGGACGCCAUCCUAGCCCAGGAGAAGUCCAUAGGAGAGGAUGUCUAUGAGAAACCAAUUUCAGAGCUGGACAGACUUGAGGAAAAACAGAAGGAGACCUACCGGCGCAUGCUAGAGCAACUGCUGCUGGCCGAGAAGUGCCACAGGCGCACGGUGUACGAGCUGGAGAGCGAGAAGCACAAACACACCGACUACAUGAACAAGAGCGACGACUUCACCAACCUGCUGGAGCAGGAGCGGGAGAGGUUGAAAAAGCUCCUUGAACAAGAAAAGGCUUACCAAGCCCGUAAAGAAAAGGAAAAUGCUAAGAGGCUCAAUAAACUAAGAGAUGAGCUUGUGAAACUAAAGUCCUUUGCACUCAUGCUGGUGGAUGAAAGACAAAUGCAUAUUGAGCAACUUGGCCUGCAAAGCCAGAAAGUACAGGAUCUUACUCAGAAACUGAGGGAGGAAGAAGAAAAGCUCAGAGCCAUUACUUCCAAAUCCAAAGAAGACAGGCAGAAAUUGCUCAAGUUAGAAGUGGAUUUUGAGCACAAGGCUUCGAGGUUUUCCCAAGAGCAUGAAGAGAUGAAUGCUAAGUUGGCUAAUCAAGAGUCUCAUAACAGGCAACUGAGACUCAAGCUGGUCGGCUUAACUCAGAGAAUCGAGGAGCUAGAAGAGACCAACAAAAAUCUUCAAAAGGCAGAGGAAGAACUUCAGGAAUUAAGAGAUAAAAUUGCCAAGGGGGAAUGUGGCAACUCCAGCCUCAUGGCAGAAGUGGAAAAUCUCCGGAAGCGUGUGCUCGAAAUGGAGGGUAAAGAUGAAGAGAUCACGAAAACGGAAUCCCAGUGCAGGGAGUUGAGGAAGAAGCUGCAGGAGGAAGAGCAUCAUAGCAGGGAGCUCAAACUCGAAGUUGAGAAGUUGCAGAAGAGAAUGUCUGAGCUGGAGAAAUUGGAAGAAGCGUUUAGCAAGAGUAAAUCCGAAUGCACCCAGCUCCAUUUAAAUCUGGAGAAAGAAAAGAACCUAACCAAAGACCUGCUAAAUGAAUUGGAAGUGGUCAAGAGUCGAGUUAAAGAACUGGAAUGCUCCGAAAGUAGACUGGAAAAGGCUGAAUUGAGCCUAAAAGAUGAUCUUACAAAGCUGAAGUCAUUUACUGUGAUGCUGGUUGAUGAAAGGAAAAAUAUGAUGGAAAAAAUAAAGCAAGAGGAGAGAAAAGUAGACGGACUCAAUAAAAAUUUUAAGGUGGAACAAGGAAAGGUUAUGGAUGUCACUGAAAAACUAAUCGAAGAGAGUAAGAAGCUUUUAAAACUGAAAUCGGAAAUGGAGGAAAAAGUAUACAGUUUGACAAAAGAGAGGGAUGAGUUAAUAGGCAAACUGAGAAGUGAAGAAGAAAAAUCCUCUGAAUUAAGCUGCAGUGUCGACUUAUUAAAGAAGAGACUCGAUGGGAUAGAGGAAGUGGAAAGAGAAAUAACAAGAGGAAGGACUCGAAAAGGACCCGAGCUCACCUGCCCAGAAGAUAACAAGAUUAAGGAACUAACACUUGAAAUCGAGAGACUGAAGAAACGUCUCCAGCAACUGGAGGUGGUGGAAGGGGAUUUGAUGAAGACGGAGGAUGAAUAUGACCAGCUGGAGCAGAAAUUUAGGACUGAGCAAGAUAAGGCUAAUUUCCUCUCUCAGCAACUGGAGGAGAUAAAGCACCAAAUUGCCAAGAAUAAAGCAAUAGAGAAAGGGGAGGCUGUGAGCCAGGAAGCGGAGCUGAGACACAGGUUUCGGUUAGAAGAGGCCAGAAGUCGAGACUUGAAAGCCGAAGUGCAAGCUCUUAAGGAGAAGAUUCAUGAAUUAAUGAACAAAGAAGAUCAGCUUUCUCAGCUCCAAGUGGAUUAUUCGGUCCUUCAACAAAGAUUUAUGGAAGAAGAAAAUAAGAACAAAAACAUGGGACAGGAGGUCCUCAGUCUGACCAAAGAGCUGGAGCUUUCUAAGCGCUACAGCCGAGCCCUGAGACCCAGUAUGAAUGGGCGAAGAAUGGUGGAUAUUCCUGUGACCUCAACUGGAGUACAGACUGAUGCUGUCAGCAGUGAGGGAGCAGAGGAAGAAACGCCAGCAGUAUUUAUACGGAAAUCCUUUCAAGAGGAAAAUCAUAUCAUGAGCAAUCUUCGACAGGUGGGAUUGAAAAAACCCAUGGAGCGAUCCUCUGUUCUAGACAGGUACCCUCCAGCAGCAAAUGAGCUCACCAUGAGAAAGUCUUGGAUUCCAUGGAUGAAAAAAAGGGAAAACGGGCCCUCGGUCACCCCAGAGAAAGGGCCUCGGACAAAUUCCAGUCCAGGGCACCCGGGAGAGCUGGUUCUCUCACCAAAGCAGGGCCAGCCCCUGCAUAUUCGAGUGACACCAGACCAUGAGAACAGUACUGCGACUUUGGAGAUAACAAGCCCGACGUCCGAAGAAUUUUUUUCUAGUACCACCGUCAUUCCUACAUUAGGGAAUCAGAAACCAAGGAUUACCAUUAUUCCAUCACCAAAUGUUAUGUCUCAAAAAUCAAAAAGUGGAGAUAGUACUCUCGGCACAGAGCGAGCCAUGUCCCCAGUCACAAUUACCACAUAUUCCAGAGAGAAAACCCCAGACAGUGGAAGAGGUGCCUUUGCGGACAGGCCCACAUCCCCCAUUCAGAUAAUGACAGUGUCUACGUCAGCUGCCCCAGCUGAGAUUGCAGUCUCUCCCGACUCCCAGGAAAUGCCCAUGGGAAGGACGGUCCUCAAAGUCACCCCAGAAAAACAGACUGUUCCAACUCCAGUACGGAAAUACAACUCCAAUGCCAAUAUCAUAACCACAGAAGACAAUAAAAUUCACAUCCACUUAGGUUCUCAGUUUAAGCGGUCCCCUGGGACUUCAGCAGAAGGCGCGAGUCCAGUUAUUACUGUCCGGCCUGUGAACGUGACAGCCGAAAAGGAGGUCUCCACUGGCACUGUCCUUCGCUCUCCCAGGAACCAUCUCGCCUCACGACCUGGGGCUAACAAAGUGACAAGCACUAUCACCAUAACACCAGUCACAACCUCCUCCACUCGAGGAACCCAGUCAGUGUCAGGACAGGACGGGUCAUCCCAGCGGCCUACACCCACCCGCAUUCCUAUGUCAAAAGGUAUGAAAGCAGGAAAGCCAGUAGUGGCAGCCCCAGGAGCAGGAAAUCUGACCAAAUUCGAGCCUCGAGCUGAGACUCAGUCUAUGAAAAUAGAGCUGAAGAAAUCUGCAUCCGGCAGCGCUACCUCUCUCGGAGGGGGGAAGGGCUGA